AUGGCUAAAAUUUCCCAUUUCAAUGGCCGAGACGCCCUUGACGCGCUCAAGAACCAUGCUAGAGAUGUUCUUCUUACAAGAAGAUUGUGCCGAAUCACCACCCAUGGAAAUUCUUAUGCUAAAAACGCAGAAUCGAUUUCGAUGAAAAUUCCAUCCGAGAAAUAUGAUUUCUCCUCGACGAUAGACGGAUGUCAAUUUUAUCAUGAAUUUAGAUCCAGCUGUCCUGAUUGCCUCCUUCGAGCCAAUAUCAAAGGUGAAUACUUACCAACUAUACACAACUAUAUAGAUCACAGGCAUCCUCUCAACUUUAUCAUCAUGCCAUUCUCAUUUAACUACCAAUACAAGUGUUGUGCAUGUGAUGAGAUGGAAAAAUUUGUUAGCUACAAAUGUUUCCAAUGUAACUACGAUCUUCAUACCAAGUGUGCUUUAGCGGUCACCAAGGAUGUGAUUCUACGUCAAAUGGAGCUCGGUAUAAAAGGUGUUCAAAUGCGUUCCACCGAUUUGGGAAAGUCCUUAGCCGAUGGGAAACUCACGGAACAAGAACAGAUUGCUUUCAGCAAUGAAUUGAAGAAUUGUGAUGAGCUUCUUAAAUUGCACGACCAGUUUUCAGGGUUUCUCAACCUUUCUCAACCUACUCAUUACGACCGAUUGGUGAAUCUAGCAAAUUCCACUGGGGCUACCUUGAUCAUCAUCCAUGGCAAAACUGAAAAUGAUCAAGGUGGUCAUGAUGUUGGGGUUGGACAUGUUCCUACGGUCGGCGUUGACACUACAAAACCGUUUAUUGUUGAAGACUUGAUUAGUGUCAUGCUACAAGCAGCAAGAAGGAAUGAAAGCAUAGAUAUUGAUCUCGAGCCCAAAGGUGAUAAGAUUGUUGCUCCUCCAUCAGAUCAUAAUAAAAGGGAUGAAAGAGAUUUGGGAGACAUGCAUGUCCAUGAAUUUGAGUUGUCUAAGGAGCCAAAGAAAAAAAGCCGACUUGCACCAAGUGCGAAAACUUGA